CACCAAGUCGCCAAGAUGAGAGUCGACCCGUGCUUUUUCUGUGGUCGCCCAUCAUACCCUUCCAAGGGUAUCACCUUUGUCAGAAACGAUGGAAAAUCCUUUCGAUUCUGCCGAUCAAAAUGCCACCGCAACUUCAAGAUGAAGCGUAACCCCCGCUCCCUCCGGUGGACAAAGGCCUCCCGCGUCAAGGCCGGCAAGGAGAUGGUCUGCGACAGCACCCUCCUCUUCGGCGCCCGCCGCAACGUUCCCGAGCGCUACAACCGCGAGCUGGUGGAAAAGACCAUCGUCGCCAUGAAGCGCGUCAGCGAGAUCCGCGCCCGCAGAGAGCGCGUCUUUUACAAGAAGCGCAUGGCUGGCAAGCGCGCCCGCGAGCUCGCCCAGGCACGCAAGCUCGUCUCCGAGAACGAGCACCUGCUCCCCCGCCUCCGUGGCAGCGAGAUCAAGAGGCUCAAGGAGCUCAACGCCGAGGCCGGUAUGGAGGUGGAGGACGAGGAGCUGGUCGCCAAGAAGCACGAGGUCAAGGUCUUUGGUGGCGAGGCUCGCAGGGUCAAGAUCCAGAUCCCUGACGAAUCCUCCGACGACGGCGAAAACGACGACGGACAGGGCGAGAUCCAGGACGAGGAAAUGGAGGUGUAUUAAUGCCUUGGCGCAUCUGGUCUGGGGAUGGGGUUCUUUCUUUGAGCAGCAUGUUGUCUUUUCUUGCAGGAAUGAAUGGUCUGGGUGUUCAAAAAUCCACAUGCAUGUUUUCUGGUCGUUUGCGUAUCUGGGAAGAUUUUAGAGGCGCCUGGAAUAAAAGAGUCAAACGCAACAGCUUGGGUGCA